AGGCGUGCUCGGAGUGAGUUCCGUUUGCCCUUAUUAGCCAUGGCGCUGGCCAGCGUGUUGGAGAGGUCGCUCCCGGUGAACCGACACGGGUUUUUCGGACUUGGGGGUCGUGCAGAGCUGCUGGACCUGGGUCCGGGAAGUCCCAGUGAUGGGCUGAGUCUGGCGGCGCCCAGCUGGGACAUCCCAGAGGAGCCGCGAAUCGAAAUGCUUCAUGGAACCACCACCCUGGCCUUCAAGUUUCGCCAUGGAGUCAUUGUUGCAGCUGAUUCCCGGGCUACAGCUGGUGCCUACAUCGCCUCCCAGACGGUGAAGAAGGUGAUAGAGAUCAACCCCUACCUUCUGGGUACCAUGGCUGGAGGUGCAGCAGAUUGCAGCUUCUGGGAGCGGCUGUUGGCUCGGCAAUGUCGAAUCUAUGAGCUUCGAAACAAGGAACGCAUCUCGGUGGCAGCUGCUUCCAAGUUGCUUGCCAACAUGGUGUAUCAAUACAAAGGCAUGGGGCUGUCCAUGGGCACCAUGAUCUGUGGCUGGGACAAGAGAGGCCCUGGCCUCUACUAUGUGGACAGUGAAGGGAACCGGAUUUCUGGAGCCACCUUCUCUGUAGGUUCUGGCUCUGUAUAUGCUUAUGGGGUAAUGGAUCGAGGCUACUCCUAUGACCUAGAAGUGGAACAGGCCUAUGAUCUGGCCCGUCGAGCCAUCUACCAAGCCACCUACAGAGAUGCCUACUCAGGAGGUUCUGUUAACCUCUACCAUGUGCGGGAGGAUGGCUGGAUCCGAGUCUCCAGCGACAAUGUAGCCGACUUACAUGACAAGUACAGUAGAUCCAUCCCCUAAGGGAGGGUGGAUUUGGCUGCUUGCAUUUCUCGGGGUGACUGUCAUUGGUAAUAAUACAGUACCCCAUUCUGUGGUGAAGGAGUCCACAGUUGUAUUUGUCCUUUCUGCAAAGCUCUGGGAACAUUGACCUCUAUGUGUUACCACUUGUUAAUGAGCUGCUGCAGAGGUGGCUGUUUGUUUUCUUUUCUUGGAUGUUACCAUUACACUACUUAGCACCCCACCUCA